AUGUCAAUCAAUCAAGCACCACCUCAAUUGGCCAACAAGAACUUGUUCCAAACAAGACCAUUUGUCGAUAACGAAUUCGUUGAAACAACCGGAUCUGGAAAAACAUUCACUGUAACUAACCCUGCUACAGAAGAAGUUCUUGCUGAGUUACCAGUGCAAACAGAAGGAGAAAUUGAUGCUGCUAUUGAAUCAUGUCAUCGUGCUUUCCAAACUUUCAAACAAACAAAUUCAUACGAUAGAGCCAAAAUGUUGCGCAAAUUGUAUGACUUGAUGAUUGAAAACUUGGAUGAUUUGGCCAUGUUGAUCACUUUAGAAUGCGGUAAGAGUCUUGUUGAUGCCAAAGGUGAAAUCAAGUAUGCUGCAUCAUAUUUUGAAUGGUUUAGUGAAGAAGCCAAGAGAAAUUAUGGUGAAACCAUUCAAACUUCAAACCCAAACAACAAAGUCAUUACAUUGAGACAACCGAUUGGGCCAGUUGGGUUAUUAUGUCCUUUUAAUUUCCCCUCAGCAAUGGGAUCAAGAAAAGCAGCACCUGCUUGGGCAGUUGGAUGUACUUGCAUCUUGAAACCAGAUGCUCAAACUCCCUUGAGUUCAUUGGCACUUGCUUACUUGGCAAGAGAAGCAGGGUUUCCACCUGGUGUUUUCAAUGUGGUUUUGGCAUCAGUUGAAUCUACUCCAAUGGUUGGUUUGAAAAUUUGCGAAAGUCCCAAAAUUAAAAAAGUUAGUUUUACAGGGUCGACUCCUGUGGGUAAAUUGCUCAUGAAACAAAGUGCUCUGACUUUAAAGAAACUUUCAAUGGAAUUGGGAGGUAAUGCACCAAUUAUUGUUUUUGAUGAUGCCGAUUUAGAACUUGCUGUAAGUCAAUCAAUUGCAUCCAAGUUUAGAUCUUUGGGUCAAACUUGUGUUUGUGCUAAUAGAGUAUACGUUCAAAGUGGAAUCUAUGACAAGUUUUGUCAAGAAUUUGCUAAAAAGACUGAAGAAUUCAAAAUUGGUAAUGGUGUUGAUCCAGAUGUCACCCAUGGUUGUUUAAUUAAUGCCAAAGCAGUGGCUAAAGUUGAAGAGCAUUUCAAUGACGCAAUCUCAAAAGGUGCGGAUGUUUUGGUUAAAGGUGGCAGAAUGCCCGAGUUGGGCAAACACUUUUAUGCACCUGCGGUUGUGUACAAUACUCCAAACGAUGCUCAAGUAUUUCAUGAAGAAACUUUUGGUCCGUUGGCAGCAAUUGCAAAAUUUGAAACCCGUGAGGAAGUUGUCAAGUUGUGUAAUGACACUCCAUAUGGUUUGGCCUCAUAUGUGUUUAGUGAAUCGUUAAACAAUGCAUGGUAUAUGUCUGAGUUUUUGGAUGUUGGUAUGGUUAGUGUAAAUACAGGAUUGUUUACUGAUGCUAGUUUGCCAUUUGGUGGUAUCAAGGAGUCAGGAUUUGGAAGAGAAGGUUCACUUCAUGGAAUGGAUGAUUACACGGUAAUAAAGUCCAUUACAUUAGGAAACUUAUAUAGAUAA